AUGGGUACACUUCGAGACCUGCAGUUUGCCCUGCAGCUGAAGAUUGAGGAGCUUCGCCAGAGGGAUACACUCAUUGAUGAGCUAGAACUGGAGAUGGAUGCCAAGGAUGACUUGAUUCGAAGGUUGCAGGGUGAACUGGACCGCUACAGGGCCACCAUCAUCACACCCCCAGGGUCUUCUGGAGCUAGUGCAGGGUAUUCUGCACAGUGUGAAGAGUCCCAGAGAGCCAAAAGAAAGACCAUAUUGUCAGAGCCCGUCACGCUGAAUCCAAGGCAACUUGCCCUGGCCAGCCUGAAAAGCUACAACAAAAACCAACAAACCAGUAAAGCAACAUGGGUAACCCUUCUUUUCCAUGUGAGAAGGUCAGAGGAAGAUGCAGCUCUCCUCUCCAACGUGUCUCUUAGUGAAUUCCAGGUCAUAUGCAAUCUAGGAGAGGGGGAAAUCGGUCAUUCAGAGCUGGUACAGCUUAAGACCAAAAUUAACUGUCUGUUCACCUUGAGGGUGUUGAGGAAGCAUCAGAUCCUAAGCACUGGUCAACAGAAGCGCAUCCUGAGGGAAAGACACAUCCUCAUGGCAGCUCAUAGUCCAUUCAUCGUCAGGCUACACCGUACCUUUAGAGAUGCGAAGUGCUUGUACAUGCUGACCGAAGCUUGUCUAGGUGGUGAGCUCUGGAGUCUACUGAAUAACAGAGGCUCGUUUGAUGACAGCAGCACACGUUUUUACACUGCCUGUGUUGCUGAGGCCCUCAUCUUCUUGCACCACAACGGUAUCAUCUACAGGGAUCUGAAGCCUGAAAAUGUAGUUCUGGACCAGCGCAGAUAUGCCAAAGUGGUGGGGUUUGGUUGUGCUAAGAAAGUGGGCUUGGGUAAGAAAACGUGGACGUUCUGUGGCACGCCUGGCUAUGUUGCCCCAGAGAUCAUCCUGAACAAGGGCCACGGUGUAUCUGUAGAUCUCUGGUCUCUGGGCGUCUUCGUGUUUGAGCUGCUGAGUGGAAGUCUCCCAUUCUGUGGCCCUGAUCCUAUGAAUACGUUCACAGCCACCAUCCGUGGGAUUGAUCUGGUUGAAUUCCCCAAAACCAUCAGUAAGAGUGCCUCAAGUCUGAUCAAGAAGCUUUGCAGGAACAACCCAGCAGAAGGACUGGGGAAUCAGAGAAACGGGGCCAAGGACAUCCAGAAGCACAAGUGGUUUGAAGGUUUCAACUGGGAAGGACUUCACAAAGGCACUUUGUCUCCAUCGAUCAUACCCAAAUUAAUCAGUCACUUGGAGGACAGCAAAUUGGACCCCUUAACUGGCAUCGUUGAGGACUCACCAGCUGUAUAGGAGUCAGUCUGAGACAUGGAUUUCUGUUGAAUUGAAACAUUUUGUAUAAUUUUGAUCUAGGUUGAAUGCUAUACACGAACUGAUACAAAAAUAGUUUUUGGUACCGGAAAUAAAUUAUACAAAGGAGACAGAGAAAUGGAAUUUCAUUGUGUUCAACAUUAUUUUAU